AUGGCUGAUGACACGGAAACGUCAACACACAUUCCAAAAAAAACCACUAAAAAGCAACCACCAACUCACCCAUUGCUUUCCCAUCCGUUGAAUGUGUUUAAUCUUCCACCAGAGAUUCUCGGUGCGUUAGUAUCGUACAACACUGUCGAAGAUGCUGACAAAUCAGAAACGACAAUUAGUAAGGAAAUCACGGAAUCGAAAUUGGCGCUAAGUGGAUUAAUAGGAAUUUCAACGGCUGGAUGUGCGACUUGUGGCGGACUCGUUUUUGAAUCGGUCGAUGAACAACGAGAACAUUAUCGUACGGACUUUCAUCGAUUUAAUGCAAAACGAAAAUUAUAUGAUCCGAAUGUUGAACCUGUUAAUGAAGAAGAAUUUGAAGAAAUGUUGGAAGAAAUGACCAAAAGCUCAAGCGACACAGAAUCGACAAAAUCAAACGCAUCCUCACAAAGUUCAUACGAUGCCGUUGAAGCUCUCUUUAAAAAACAUCAACCAUCAAUUGAAAACGACGAAUUCGUGAGAACAACUCAUCAAGAGAAUUCUCCAUAUCUAUGGUUCUCUGCACCUCCAGUUCUUCGUGAAGAAAUUCAUCUUGGAAUAUUUAAACAAAUAUUUCCGGAUCAUCGACACAGUGAUCCCAUACAAUACCUAAAAAGUGCUCAAAUUGAUGGUGGUGAAGGUGAUGGGGAAUCGAAAAGAACCUGGACCAUGUUGAUGCUAAGUGGUGGGUAUUUUGCAGGUUUGGUGUGCGUUUUGAAUCCUAAGAAAACUGGAAAAGAUUCUGGAAUGGAGCCGAUUGUACACAAGCGGUUUCAACGAUAUACUGUAAGACGUAAGCAGGGUGGCGCGCAGUCUGUGCACGAUCAAGCAAAAGGUGGCGCUAAAUCCGCCGGUGCUGAUAUAAGACGCUAUAAUGAAGCAAAACUUCAAGAGGAAAUUCGCGAACUACUCGAAAAUUGGAAAGACUGGAUCGAGAAAAGUGAAUUGAUCUUUGUGUCGGCUCCUAGCGUUAAUAAAAACAUUAUUUAUGGGUACGAAAGAGCUGUGCUUAGACGAGGUGAUCCACGGAUUCGUUCUUUUCCAUUUUCCACAAAACGUCCGGCAUAUAAAGAACUAAAAAGAUGCUUCAGCAAACUGGUAACAGUCAAAGUAUCAGAACUCGAUGCUGAAUCUCUAAAGAAGUUUCUAUCUGCAAAUGACCCGGCCGAAGAACUCGCCUCGAAAAUGGAAUCCUUAGUAAGAGCAACAGCAAAAAGCAAGAAGCCAACACCUCCACAAGAACCAAAAAAACCGGAACAAACCGAGGAGGUGAAGAAAUUAAUCGAGCUGAUUCGCAAAGGAAAAUUAGAUCUGAUGGUAGGACAUAUGGAGAAAUGCGCAAUUUCGCCCACCAUUAGAUUUGAAACCGAAGAAUUUAAACACACGCCCACACUGCUUCAUGUUGCUUCGUUAGCUGCGCAACCUGAAAUUGUAUCUUAUUUCUUGGAAAAACAUUCUGCAGACCCGACAAUAACCUCAACAACUUUGAAGACACCAUACGAUGUUGCUCCCGAUAAAGAGACUAGAAAUGCGUUUCGUCGGUAUAUGGCCGAAAAUCUUGAUCAAUGGGAUUGGAAGAUUGCACAUGUUCCAAAAGGUGGUGGUGUCUCAAAAAACAAGCAAAAAGAUGUUGAGCCGUUGCCUUCCAAUCAGCCGCCACCUAAAACCACAGCAAUUGGCCAAACACUGAACAAAGCCAUUUCUGAACUGGACAUUAAUCUCACGCCGGAAAUGCAGGCGAGAAUUGAGCGUGAAAAGAGAGCACGUGCUGCUGAAGCGCGGCUGGCUAAAUUGGCUAAUCGGGGGAGUAAACCAGUUUGUGAAAUGUGUAAGACAUCGUUGGUGGGAAAAGUACCUUUUGCUCGUAUGCAGUGGCAGUAUUGUAGCACUGAUUGUGUUGUUAAACAUCGUGCGCUAGUAGGAUAG